UAGGAGCUUGAACUUGAACAAGGCACCCUGGUACAGUCCUCUCCUGAUUAUCAACAGUCCAUACCAAACUAGGGAGAGACAAGUUAGAGGGGUGGCAAUAAUGACCAGGUAUUCAACGACCCAGUUCAUGGUCACAUUGAACUUCAUCCACUGAUGGUAAAGUUCAUAGACACUCCUCAGUUCCAGAGACUUCGCUAUAUCAAGCAACUCGGUGGCUGUUACUAUGUAUUCCCUGGGGCAUCACACAAUCGGUUUGAACACUCCAUUGGAGUUGGCUAUCUGGCAGGAGAAUUGGCAGAGACCCUUCAGAGGAAGCAGAGAGAACUGGACAUCACCGAUGCAGAUGUUCUCUGUGUGAAGCUGGCUGGACUCUGCCAUGACCUCGGACAUGGUCCGUUUUCUCAUCUGUUUGAUGGAAAGUUCAUUCCAAAGGUGUUUCCUGAAAGCAAAUGGAAGCAUGAAGAUGCCUCAGUGAGGAUGCUGCGUCACCUCAUAAAGGAGAAUGAUCUGAUGAAGGUGAUGGAGAAAGACUAUCGUCUUGACGAGAAUGACGUGAUCUUCAUUGAGGAGCUGAUUGUAGGACCUGCCAAGAAUGCAGAUGAAACUCCCACGACUCCCACACGACAUGACUGGGAAUACAAAGGAAGACCAGAGUCGAAGAGCUUUCUCUAUGAGAUCAUAGCCAACAAGGGGACAGGAAUAGAUGUGGACAAGUGGGACUACUUUGCCCGGGACUGCCACCAUCUUGGAAUUCCUAACAGCUUUGACCUGCGGAGAUACAUGACAUUUGUGAGGGUCAUUGAGGUCGAUGGAAGACUGCAAAUCUGCACCAGAGACAAGGAGGUGACCAAUAUCUAUGAGAUGUUCCACACUCGCAGCAUGCUGCACAGGAGAGCCUACCAGCACAAGACCUCCAACAUCAUUGAAGAAAUGAUAACAGAAGCUCUGGUGGCUGCAAAUGAUCAUCUCUUGAUUCCUGGGAAGGAUGGAGAGAAAGUAAAAAUGUCAGAAGCUAUUAAGGACCCUGUUGCUUUCACCAGACUCACUGACCAAGUGCUGCAGCAGAUACAGCUCUCCGAUGAUCCAAACCUCCAACAAGUAUUGCAUAGUAGCCAUGGCCUCUCUAAUUGACUGUGUUAAAUCCAGGCCAAAGACAUUCUGGCAAAAGUGGAGAAGCGGAGACUGUACAAACAUGUGGGACAAACACAAGCACAGAAACCUUUGACUAAAGCAGACGGGGCAAGAAUAUGCUCCGAGAUGAUAGACAGCCUCAGUCCAGAUGAUCCUGAGUUGGACGGUCUCCCACCGCUCUCUAAAGACGACAUAAUAGUGCUGAUUGCUACAUUCGACUAUGGUAAGAAGGCAGAGAACCCAAUUGAUCAAGUUCGCUUCUACACGAAAGAGACUCCACACAAGGCCAAGAGAGUUCGCAAAGACCAGGUGUCCCAGAUGCUGCCUCCCACGUUUAGGGAGCAGCAGAUACGAGUCUUCUGUCGGAAAGAUGACAAGCCCAGCCUCGAUGCAGCGUGGAAGUAUUUUACAAAGUGGUGCAGUAAGCAGAAGUGCGUUACUCCCACGGGUAGUGGAGCUCUAGAUGACACUCCAAACAGUGCUGGAGACACCACUCUGACUACCUCCCCAUACAUUGCCCCUGUGAACCCAGAAACCUCCCGUACUCCAGUCAAUUCAAGAGUCGUCAGAAACCUCUUUUGAACAGCAGAACUCAUCAUUUUUUAAUUUUUCACCAAAGACAUGAUUUCAUGAUAAUAAGUUUUGUAGUUACACUCUUAUAUAUCAUCAUCACCCUUUAAAGUGAUUUUGUAGUGAUUAUUAUACUUAGCUAUACAAUGGGAUAAAAAUGUUCACAAACAUCCAAAAAGUUAUCACACUUCAGUUUUAAGGGCUUCCUGCAUGGCUGGCAGUUGGCUCCGGAGUUGGCGGUGAACUUUGUGGGAGAACCCCCGUCCAUUUCAGGCUUUGUGAAUACUUCUCUGCAAUCAGUCCUUGAAACUCCCUGGCAACGCUGGUAUAGGUAGACAGAUCAUGUGAACGUUUAUGAUACACGCGAAGAGCAACCUCGGUAAAUACAGCCGGGAGUAUCUUGGACACUUUCUCUCUUUUGAGUGUCACUGGGACAGACGGGGCACUUUUGUAGUAGAAAAAUACGUGUUCAACUGGAUUCUCACACAGCUCGGUUCCAAAGUUGUACUUGACGAUCUGAAUUUCGCAGCUUUUCAGAGAAUCUCUCUGGCUAGCAUCACUCUGUAGCUGCCUCAGUUUUGACUGAAAGGUUUGGGUAUCUGGAUCUUGUCCAGUUGAGACAGUCUGAACUGUACCGAUAAACUUCAACAGCUUUCUGUGUUGAAC